AUGGAAUUCUCUUAUAUUGAACUUAAUGAACCCCCUCUUGCGUAUUAUAAAUAUCCAAUUAUUGGACAUACUAUUGAAUAUUUUAAAGACAAUUCAAAAUUUAUUAAAGAGUGUCAUGAAAAGUACGGAGAAAUCUUUUCAUUAUAUGUCUUUGGUCAAACUAUAACCUUAGUCGCCGGUGAACAUACACCUGAAAUCUUCAGAAAUCACAAAGAUUUUUCUUUCAAUGACGCUACUCGAGAGUUUUUUCCUUUGCAUGACUUUAUGCGUCGCCCAAACGUUUUUUUAAAUACUUUGGGUUCGGUAAUUCAAAAAAAUUUGUCAGGAGAUUUAAAAUUUUAUACGGAUCGAGUUCAAAGACAAUUACUUAAAUCUAUUGACGAAAUAAUUGGAGACGGUAAAGUUUUACAACCCCCUUUAAAAUCCUUCCAAUUCAUUAUCGCAAAACCUGUUACCGCAUCUGUGGCCGAAGAAUUAUCUGAUGAUAAAGAAUUGAUAAAUUCAUUCGCUUAUGCCGUAAAUGAUAUUGCUUCGUAUAUAGAAAUUCCACCUAUUUUAAAUUUCAUUUAUCCUAACUUGCACAGGAAAUUUGUAACAAUGUUGUUUCGUUAUUCAAGUAAUCCCUUCAAAUAUCAUAGAGAACUCAUUAAACGAAAGAUUACACCAGUGGUUGAGAAACGUUUAAGUGAAAUGAAGAAACUUGACGGUGCUUAUGUUCCCCCGGUUGAUCUCUUACAAAAGUAUAUUGAAAUGUAUGGUGGAGAUAUCGAUAUCAUCACAGAUUAUGUAAUUUUAAUUAUAUUUGCAGCUAUACACACUACGUCAACGUUUAUUACUCAUGCUAUACAAGAAGAACAAGAGCAACUGUUUAAAAGUAACGAAAAUGAAUAUUAUUCUAUUGAACAAAUUUCUAAAAUGGAAAAGUUAGAUAGUAUGCUUAAAGAAACAUUUAGAGUAAAUGCCGGUUUAUUACCACAUAAAUUAAUGUCCCCGUAUUAUACUUUUUCAAGCGGACAUCAAGUUCCAAAAGGUCGAAACGUUUAUAUUCGUGUACAUGACAUUCAUCAUGAUGAUAAUUUAUAUGGUCAAAAUUCGAAAGAAUUUGAUGCAUUCCGACAUUUGAAAAGUAAAUCGCCUGCGUCACGUAUUGAAAAGAAUUUCUUAACGUUCGGUUUUGGUAAACAUGCUUGUCCGGGACGUUUUUUUGCGGUAAACGAAAUUAAAGUUGCUUUGCAUUACUUAUUAUUGAAAUAUAAUAUUAGAAAAGUUGGCGAUAAAAAAAUUAAACCAAUAAGGAUGGGACCUUUAUUAUUUCCAAAUGAAAAUGAAGGGAUAAUAUUUGAAAAGAAAAAGACCAUUGUUAAAGAUGGUUAUAAAA